AUGGUUUCUGAACUCCACUUGUCCAAGAAUGCCCGAGUUAAAAAGGCCCUCCUGCCUCCCCCUCACACAACCCAGUGGUGCAAAGCCCCCCUCAACCAAUACAAAAUCAAUUGGGAUGCUGCCAUUGACAAGGUUAACUGCAGAAUAGGUAUUGGUGUGAUCAUUAGGGAUUGGAAUGGUUGUGUCUCUGCCAUUCUAAGGUCCACCUGCUCCUCCUUCCCUGACCCUCUGCUUGGAGAAGCUAUUGCAGCAUUAAGUGCUAUCAAGUUCUGCUAUGACUUAGGCCCCAGAUCCAUCAUCCUCAAAGGAGAUUCACUAAAUGUGGUUAAUGCCGUCAAUGGUCCGGAGACGAAUUGGAGCUCAGUUGGCAUGAUCAUAACAGACCUCAAGAAGCUACUAAUUCAAGUAGGAGCUAGGAAAGUUUUGUAUGUCCCUCAUGAGUCUAAUGUAGUGGCUCAUUGUUUGGCCAAAAGUUCACUAGAUCUCCUCGAGGAAUCUAUCCAUGUAGAGGACUACCCUCAAUGUAUUCACAACCUCAUUCGUUGA